AUGGUACGGACGGAGCAUUUCUUUGCCGCGGACUCACUUACAGGCUCUCGAACGUCUGCUUCACAGUAUGCUCGGGCAUUGAUCGGUCGCAAGCCAGGAAAGUCGGGAGCGACGAGAGCGACGAGAGCGAUAGGAAAGACAGGAGAGACAGGAGAGACAAGGUCGGGGACAGAGUUGGGGGCGUCGAGAGGGAGUCACUCAUGUGUGUUUUUUCGCCGUUUGGAGGGAUUGCUAACACGCCAAGCAUCUCGGAAGUCGACGCUGGUAUUUUGUGUUUCGAUUGCACACUGUUUAGAGAUGGCGAACACCUUCCGUUCCUACGGUAUCGAUGCCAGAAUUAUUACAUCGAAAACGCCCAAGUCAGAAAGACUUAGACUGCUUGAAGACUUUGGAAGACAAGAAUACCCGGUGCUUGUCAACUGUGGAAUUCUAACGGAAGGUUUGUGCCGAGGAUCCACAGGAGAUCAGGGUUUAUAUGGUGCAGGAACAAAUAUUCCGAAUAUUGACUGUGUGCUUUUGGCACGUCCGACAAAAUCGCAUAAUCUUUUUUUGCAAAUGAUAGGCAGAGGGAUGCGGUUAUUUCCAGGGAAAAGCGAUUGCCACGUAAUUGAUAUGGUCGGGAACGUUUCUCAUGGAAUAUUAGCCGUACCGACGCUGUUUGGGCUUGAUCCCAAAGAGAUCAACAAGGAAGCGUCCCAGGGUGAAUUAAGACGUAUUUCCGGCAGUAAAGAAAAGACAAAAAGUCUUAAGCAUAGUGAAGGCAGAAAGUCAUCAUGCUUGCAAGUCAGCCGAGCAUCGCCGAAUAUUAAAUAUGUAGAGUGGGAUUUUACUCAUGAUUUUAUAAAGGACUUUGAAUUGGUAGCAAAUGUUCGAAAAUUCAGCAAACUACCUUGGAUUCAUAUUAAAGAUAACAAAUACAUUUUGUCGAUACCUAUUUUUGGAUUUAUUAAAGUCGAUAAAGACAUCGAAACAGGCAAAUACUUGGUAAAUUUGAUUUAUAAGCUGAACUCUUUAGAUGCAUACUAUGCGUCCGAAACUCUUAGGGUCCCUGGAUCAUCAGCAAAGUCUCAUACUCACAAAAAACAUCGUGUAAUUCUGUCGAAUGCUAUCUCUCUUAGAAAUGCUAUAUUUGCCGUAGAUACAUAUGUAAUGAGGAAUUACCCUCGAAGGAUGGUACUUAAAAAUGCAACAUGGAGGAAAUCGCCUGCUACAAGUACACAAAUCGCACUUAUAAAUAAAAUAAAUCCAUCGAUAAACCGGAACAUUAAUAACAUGACCAAAGGCUUAGCAUGGGACUUGAUAACAAAAUUAACACACGGUGCAAAAGUGUUCUCAAAACAGACUAAACCAACUAAUUAA